CUACCGGUGCAGUGUUUGCAAACAAAUGAAUUCCUGAGUGUUUGUGUUCUCACGUUCGCAGGAAAAGUGCUUCAAAUUAAUUUUAAAGUGGAAAAAGGGUGGUGAUUUGUUGUGCAAAAUGACAAAGAAGGAUUCUAGCGCGCCCCAAGAGAAGGGAAAAGCUACAACAAUUACAGUUGCUCAGAUAAAUGCUGACAGAAUAAAUUUGCUGGCAAAUCAAUACUGGGCCCCACACACGGCUUCAAAUCAUGAUACCUACAAUCCUGAAAUUAUUGAAGAUAUAUAUUUCAAGGAGAUACGCGAUACCCGGCAUUCUGUCAGACGAAUCAUGAUGCUGGAGUUUUCGCAGUAUUUGGAGAACUAUCUCUGGCCGAAUUAUCGACGAGAGACAGCUUCUCAUGCCCACAUGAUGUCCAUUGUGUUUAUGCUGAAUGAGAAGUUUAGGGAGAGAGUGUCUGUGUGGAAGUGCUUCGAGGAUAAUAGCGCGGAAUUCCCCGGAUUCUUCCAGCAAUGCCUGGAAUCUUGUCUCUCCAAUGAGAAGCCUACUGCUACCUUUAUGCGUGAGCAGACGGCUUUGCUGCUCUUCCUCAAUCACUGCUUCAACAGCAUGGAAGUGGAAUUGUGCAGGGAACAGGCUAAGCGUCUGGUUUCCCUGACAAUGUGGUCGUGUCUUCAGCCACGGCGCCGGGAGCAGGAGUUACGCGCCAUACCGGAAUGGAAAAAGUUCUGGAAGAAGCUGCAGAAGAGGGAUAAGCCAGAAAUGAAGGAAAAACUCGAGUGGGAAAGGCAUUUCUUGCAGAAGCUCAUGAUUAAAUUCAUGGGAAUCCUCGAUUCCAUCUCCAUUGAUGGGGAAAUCAGUGAAGAUGUCAUUCGCUACUGUGAACGCUUCCUGGAGCUGCUGAUUGACCUGGAGGCUCUCCUGCCCACCAGGAGAUUCUUCAAUACUGUCCUCGAUGAUUGUCAUCUUGUUGUACGAUGUCAUCUGUCCAAUUUGGCCAAACGCGAGGAAGGAAAACUCUUUACACAGCUACUCGAUAUGCUCAAGUUUUAUGCACGUUUUGAAAUUAAUGAUGAGACUGGAGAUGCUCUAACUGAUCACGAUAUGACUUUGCUUCACUAUUCCAAAAUAACAUCCCUCCAACGUGCGGCUUUUGCCAAAUUUCCGGACUUGAGGAUGUUUUCACUUGCCAAUGUGGCUAGUGUGGAUACCCGGGAAUCACUGAAGGAGCAUUUUGGCGCAUUGGAUGCUCAGAGUCUGAAGAAUAUCGCGUGCUAUUUGAAUUUAGUGCCGGAGACACUUGAACCACCUUUCGAGUGGCAUAGACUCGAUGAAGAAUUUUUACGAGAGCUUCUGAUAUCACGUCACGAGAGACGAGUAUCUCAAUUGGAGGCACUCAAUGAGAUGCCACUCUAUCCCACGGAAUCCAUCAUUUGGGACGAAAACAUUGUGCCCACUGAAUAUUUUUCUGGUGAAGGAUGCCUUGCUCUGCCCAAAUUGAAUCUUCAAUUUCUUACUCUGCACGAUUAUUUGCUGAGGAACUUUAAUCUCUUCCGCUUGGAGUCUACAUACGAAAUCCGUCAGGAUAUUGAGGAUGCCGUCAGUCGAAUGUUACCGUGGGUGUCUGAAGAGGGGGAAAUUGUGUAUGGUGGAUGGGCUCGAAUGGCCCUUCCAAUAGCAUCCUUUGCUGUUGUGGAUGUCUCUAAGCCACACAUUGGUGAGAAGAAGCCAUCGAGGGUGCGUGCGGAUGUUUCAGUGACACUAAGUGUUCGCAAAGAAAUCCAAGAAGAAUGGGAAAAUCUUCGACGUCACGAUGUGUGCUUUUUGAUCACAGUUCGUCCGACAAAUCCCAUUGGGACACGCUACAAUCACCGUGAGCCCUUUAUUCCGCAGGUAGGGCUUGUUAAUGUGCGAGGGUGUGAAAUUGAGGGGAUGCUCGAUGAGAAUGGAAAGUUGAUUGAGGAUGGACCGGAACCGAGACCAAUACUUCCUGGGGAAAAACGUACCUUCCGUGUUUGGUUGGAUUGCAAUCAAUAUCGACAGGAUAUGGAUGCACUGCAAAUUGGGAAGGAUGAUGUUUAUGAGGGAUUCAGUAUUAUUAUGCGGAGAAAGCCAAAAGAGAAUAAUUUUAAGGCAGUUCUUGAGACAAUUCGACAUUUAAUGAAUACCGAAUGUGUUGUUCCACCAUGGUUGCAUGACAUUCUGCUGGGAUAUGGUGAUCCGGGAGCUGCACAUUAUUCUCGCAUGAAGAAUCAGGCAAGAUCAUUGGAUUUCAAUGAUACAUUUCUCAGUAUUGAGCAUUUGAAGGAGAGUUUUCCGGGAUAUGAAAUUAAUUUCAAAGGGGAAAAGUUUAUUCGACCGUUUAGGAUUACAUUUGAAAAUGUCCCUGAAAAGGCUGAAGAUGAGGAUGAAGAGAUGAGGGAGGAUGAAUUGAAGGAUUUGUCCAAGACAAUUACUGUGGAAUCUUAUGUGAUUCCAAGUCGUGGUCCUUAUGUUUACAAUGAACCGAAAAAGAAUACCAUUCGAUUUACCCCAACGCAAAUUGAAGCUAUUCGUUCGGGAAUGCAACCAGGAUUGACAUUGGUUGUAGGACCACCCGGAACGGGAAAAACUGACGUGGCUGUUCAGAUAAUUUCAAAUCUCUAUCAUAAUCAUCCGAAUCAGCGUACAUUGAUUGUAACACAUUCAAAUCAGGCGCUUAAUCAACUUUUUGAGAAGAUCAUGGCCUUGGACAUUGAUGAGAGGCAUCUGUUGCGUCUGGGUCAUGGGGAAGAAGCCCUGGAGACUGAGAAGGAUUUUAGUCGCUAUGGAAGGGUGAAUUAUGUUCUGGGGAAGCGUUUGGAUCUCUUGACGAAGGUUCAGAAGCUCCAGGAGAGCCUAGGAGUUGCCGGAGAUGUAGCUUAUACUUGUGAAACAGCUGGAUAUUUCUAUCUCUAUCAGAUUGUUGCACGUUGGGAGAAAUUCACCAAUAGAGUGCAACAAGUAAAGGAUUCGCAAAAUUGGAUGAAAGUUUUUGCCGAAGAAUUCCCUUUUGCCAGAUUUUUCAGUGAUGCUCCUCAGCCUCUGUUCAAGGGAAUGUCCUUUGAGGAGGACAAUGAAGUGGCCAAUUCAUGCUUUCGCUAUAUCUCCCGAAUGUUCAGUGAACUGGAGGAAUUCAGAGCAUUUGAAUUGCUAAGAAGUGGACUCGAUAGAUCAAAGUAUCUCCUGGUGAAGGAGGCAAAGAUCAUUGCGAUGACUUGUACCCAUGCAGCUCUCAAGAGGAAAGAACUCGUUCACAUGGGCUUCAAGUAUGACAACAUUCUGAUGGAGGAAGCAGCUCAAAUUCUCGAGAUUGAAACCUUUAUUCCUCUUCUAUUGCAAAAUCCAAUGGAUGGCUUCAAUCGGCUAAAGAGAUGGAUCAUGAUUGGAGAUCAUCAUCAGCUACCGCCCGUCAUUAAGAAUAUGGCCUUCCAGAAGUACUCAAAUAUGGAACAAUCACUAUUUACGCGACUCGUGAGAUUGGGCGUUCCGACGGUGGAUCUAGAUGGUCAGGGACGCGCUAGGGCGAGCAUUUGUGAACUGUACAAAUGGCGCUACAAGCAACUCGGUGAUCUGACGCAUAUUCGUCAGUGGCCAGAAUAUCGAAAAGCCAAUGCAGGAUUUGCCUAUGACUUUCAGAUGAUCAAUGUUGAGGAUUUCAAUGGAGUUGGAGAAACUGAACCAAAUCCAUUUUUCUACCAAAAUCUCGCAGAAGCCGAAUAUAUUGUGGCUGUUUAUAUGUACAUGAGACUCUUGGGAUAUCCAGCAGAAAAAAUUUCCAUCUUAACCACGUACAAUGGGCAAAAGCAUCUGAUUCGGGAUGUUAUCAAUACGCGCUGUGGGGAGAAUCCAUUGAUUGGGAGGCCGUACAAGGUGACGACAGUGGACAAAUAUCAGGGUCAGCAGAAUGACUAUAUUCUCGUGUCGUUGGUUCGAAGCAAAGCCGUUGGGCACUUGAGAGAUGUCCGUCGUCUUGUGGUUGCAGUCAGUCGAGCUAGGCUAGGACUUUACAUGUUUGGAAGGGUGUCUUUGUUCCGGAACUGCCUAGAAUUGCAGCCGGCAUUCAAAAUUCUUCUCAAUCGUCCUCUGGAUCUGCAAAUUCUCCCUCAUGAGACAUUCCCGUGCGAGAGGAGAGUCGAUGAUCCUCUGCCAGGAAAUGUCCUGAGUGUGAGUCAUAUGACGCAAAUGGCAGAGUAUGUGUAUCAAUUUUAUAUGCAUCGUGUUAAUGAGAUGAAAGUUGCCAUGGAGACAAUGCAACAGAUGUACGCAAAGACGCCUGAAGAUAUUUUCAAGGAGCAUCAGGAAAUUGAUCCAGGAGCUCCGGGGCAAGAGAAGAAGGGCGGUGAGCUGGACAGGGGCGAUGGGGAGGCGGCUUUUAGAGCAGCACCGAUUCUCAAUGAAGUUGAGGAUGUUGAUACGACGGAAAUGGAGAUGAAGGGGAAGAGUGAGGUGAAUCAACAGGAGGAAAUAGCCGAUGAAGAAAUGCCAGAGGAUAACGGUAAUUAGAAGAGUGUAUGGGAAUUGAGAAAUAAAGGAAGUGGAAUUAAGUGAGAA